AUGUUAAGGGGUGGCGGGGCUUGUACUUCUUAAACUAAACAACAAUCUCUUUCCAUCAGCUCAUUAUAAAUUUCUAAUCAAUUUGAGAAUGUUCUCUCAAGUAAUGUCCUAUUGCUAUCAAAAAGUGCUGAGGAUUUUAACAAUAAUUAUUCAUAACUUUACAAUAGUCUUUAAAUACUGCUAUCACUUGAUCAAGAACUAUAUAAUCUCACCAAAUCAAGGAAUCAACUCAAUAAAUAGGUUGAAAGUUUAGAGAAAUGGCUUACAGAAGUUCUUGAAUCAUGUUUGAAAUUAAAGAAUCCAUAACUUCGAUAUUUAGCACUCCAAUUUGCUCAAAAACUGUCCAGGACUAUAUUUUGGUAUUAUUGUUAAUCAAAGUCAAUUAAAGAUAGAAUGCAGUAAUAAUAUAUUUCUACGUUAAAUAAAAUUGAGACUCAAAAUAAUGCAUCAGAUAGUUUUUACAAAAAUAUGAUUGAAUAUGAAAUCAUGGUGUGUAAGAUGAUAUUUGUCAUUUUGCCUAAUGAUCUACAAGAAGGUUUGGAAGUUAUGGCCUUAUUUACAAGUUACAAUUAAAUUCUAAUGACUACACUUCCAAAAUCCACUCAGGAUACCAUUAAAAGUGGGGUUGUUUAAUCAAUUAGGGAUGCUACUAAAGUCCAAUACAGAAAAAUCUAUAAAUAAAUAUUUAAUAUAGAUACAAUGAAAUGGUGGGUGAUAUAGGAACUCCGAUAAAGUAAUCAUUCAGCAAAGGAAAUCAUUACAGAAUUACACAAUUUCCACAAGGAUAUAUCAAAAUCUGAUUAUUAUGUACAUUAUGCUUGGAUCUAAGCUGUCAGUGAUAUUGUAUCAUAUGCUCCUUUAAUUUCUGAAGAUCAUAUAUAAAUUAUAAAUUCGGAUCUAUAGGAUUUGAUAGAUAUGGGAUGUUUGUAAAAAAUUAAGAAUGAAUAUCGUGUGACAUUUAGCUACAUUAAAAUGAAGAAUCAAUAUUGUCAAUAGAUAUACGAAAAAAUACCUAUUUUUACCAUGCUUAAAUAAAUAUAAUCUUAGAUUAUUACAUAAGAUAAGUUCUUCAAUUCUCUUUAUAAGAAAAAGGAAGAGUAAAAGGAAUCUUAAAAAUAGGAGUUAGAAACCAAAAAUGUCUUUGAGUAUCUUUUUUAAUUAUUUGUUGAGAUUGAUAUUGAAGCAAAUAUUGAUUUAAUCAAAAAAGCAAAUCAAAGUUAUCAUGAAUUAAAUGAGAAUAUAACUUUAAUUAAAUAAUUAAGUUUAAAUAAGUGGAUUAGAAUGUUGGAGAAGAAAUCCUAUGAUGAUCCUGUUGUUUUUGGAGAAUUUGAAGAAAAACAAAAGUAAAUUAAACACUUAAUAAAUCAAGUCAAAGGAAUUUAAAGAUUCUUGAUUCAUUUUGAUUAUAUACUUUUACAAUGGAAUAUAAUGGAAUAAAUAGCAAGUUCUGAAGGAAAAUAAACGCAAUUGUAAUCCAUAUUUUUAGAAAAUCAAUAGAAUUAUUUGGAUUGUCAUUUAAUAAGUAAAGCCAAUUUAGAGAAUUUGAAGGAUAUACAAUUAUUAAAUAUUAAUUUUGAUGUUUACUUCUCGAUAAUUACUGAAUUUAUUGAGAAGCAAUAUUAAACAGUCAUAAAGGUUGUGCAAACAACUAGAUCUACAGAUCCGAUAAUCUCCUUAUAUAAAUAGAAUAAGGAUAUUACUGAUAUUGUAUAAAAUAGUUUAAGAAAAGUAAAUGAUAAAAUAAUACAAUUUAAAAAUGCUUUUAUGCGCAUUUCUUUGAAAUUAAAAUAAGUUGACUAUAAUUGCAUAUAAUAAUUUUAUCUGGUCUCUUUGAGAUUACAAUACUUAGAAUUUCCAAAUCAAUAAUUUGAAUUCAGAAAUUAAGACCACAAGACUCUAUUUUUUAUUUAAGGCUAUGAGAAAUAAAUAAUAAAGAGUUAAUUAAUUGAAUUGCACAAAGAGUUUCGAGAGUUAUUUGCAAGCAGCUAGUUUCAAGACUACGAAUAAGCAAAAGUUUAUAUAAGAUCGAUUCAAUUUAUAAGUAAAACUAUUGACAAUUUGAUUAAUCAAAAUAAGAAAAUAAUCUAACAUAUUCACAAUUAUAAAUUGUCUCUAUAAAUAGAUUAUGCAUAUGAUUAUUAUAAUGAUUUAAUAAAUUAAUGGAAUACUAUGUUUUAAAUGGCUGAAGAAUUAGACUAUCAAAAAUAUGACUAAUCAUUCAUUUAGAUAAAAUAUGACGAAUUAAAAAAGAUUUAUGAAUAUAUUUGUUAAAUAAAUACAUCUAUAAGAUGGCCAGUCAAUCCUUAAUUAGCUUCAUAUUUUAAGAUGUAAAGUUAAUUAGAAGGAUUAAUUCAGGAACUCCAAAUCUAUUAAAGUUACAAUCUUAGUUAAGAUCUAAAUUCUUAAAUUCGGUAUUAGAGUAUUAUAACUAAUAUUAAAUAAAUAUGUCUAAGCUAAGUACAAAAAGUCAAAUCAAUUCUUGAGUAAUAUACAUAAGGCGUGGAUCAAUUGUCCAAUCGAUUGGAAAAUCAAACAAAUUUUUAAAUUGAAGAAUUGUAAAACCUAUUACUAAGCGUGUAAGAAGCUUUGGACGAUACCUUGAAUUUGGUUUAAUCUCGACUACUAACAUCCAAUCAAAAUUCAACCAGUGGUUCAAUUAAUGUCUUGUAAAGUAACAAAAAACAAGAUUUUGAGACAUUCUAUAAUUAUAAAUUUAGCACUGAAACAAUUAUAGUCAUGCAAUUUAUUAAGUUCAAUUUCAAUUUUAUAGACUAGAAUGCAAUAUUAGAAAUACUCAAAUCGGAUGAAAAUGAAUUAGAAAAUCUACAUAUCGUUUAAUCUGCCAUGGAAUCUCCAAUAAUACGAUCUAUUGUGAUUGUUAAUUUGAUGAAUGUUUGGAAUUGUUGUUUGGUUGAAGAAGAUUUUGAUACAAUUAGUAAAUUAAUUUUAUAAAUUCGAAUAAAUGAGACUAAUGUAUUGAUUAAAAGAGAAAUCAAAUCCACUUACAAAAAAGAGUUUAAUUAAAUAGUUAAUAAUUCGCUCUAAGGAGAAUUAGCAUGGUUUGAGUUGGAUUUGAAAUAAAUGAUUUAAGAGAGAAAUUCAUUGUAUUUUUAAAUUAAAUACGAGCCAACCUUUGAGCUUUCUUAAAAGUUAGAAGAAAAGAUAAACAAAUUGACAAAUCAAAUAUAAACAAGAAUUUAAAAUUUUUAAGAAUUGGAAUAAGACUAUAAUAUUUCAAUUCCAUUUUCUAUCAAGGUUCAUAAUCUAUAGAACUACAAGAGAUUAGCUUUUAUUAAGGAAACUCAAUUACUGAACUAUUUCUAUUAAGGAUGGAUAAUAUUACUAGAAAAAUAAAAAUAGCCUAAGUUAAAAAUACUUAUGUUGAGUUUGAAUGCUAAAACAGAAGCAAAAAUUAAAUUAGAUUAUUAUUUUUCUCAAAAAGAAAAAAGAAACAGUACUAUGGAUAGAUUUUUAGAUGAUUUAUAAUAGGAUAGAUUACUAUUAUUAUAAGGAGAGUCAGGAUCAGGAAAAAGUCUAGCUACAAAAAUGAUUGAAGAGUAUGUUUGGAAAAGAAAUGAUCCAAUCAAAAUUAUUCCUAUUAUUAUAAAGUUGUCAGAGUUGAAGGAUCCAAUUAACAAUGCUAUAAUUGAAACCUUAAGAUCCUUAAAUUAUAAAUUAAAUGUAUCUCAAAUAGAAUAAUUAUAAGCUCAUAUUAGAUCGAAUAAAAUGCAAAUGCUAUUUAUAUUUUAAGGUUAUGAUAAACUCAAUCAAAAUUAAAAAAGUAUUAACUUUCUUAAAUCGAAUAAUUUAAUUUAAUGGAAUACACCUUGUUUACAGAAUACGCCAAAAUAUAUUGUUGUUUCCAGGAGUGAGCAAUUUAAAAAUCCAAAUCAUUUACGUUGGAUUGAUUAAAAUGAAGAAAAUUAUAAAAUCAAAAAUUAUUGGAAUUUAAAAAUACUUCCUUUUGAUACUGAUUAAAUCAAUUAAUUUUUAAUACAGUUCUAAGAAAUAAGUAUAAGAAAUGUUGUUAUGGAUUUUUACUAACUGAUGUGUGAAUUUCCACAUCAGGAUUUAUUAAUCUAUAAUUUUAUCUCAUUUUGGAAGAAGAUUAACUUUAAUUUUAAUGAGUAAAGUUUAGGGAAUGUGUUACUAUCCUAACCAAUUAUCAAUAAAUUAAUAAUUACACUAUAGCAAGACACAAAUAUCAAAAAUUUUAAAGGAUCUAUUACUUAAUAAUUGUCUCUUUAAUUAGGAUAGUUAAAAUCAAGCUAUUAUUAUAGUAGAAUUUUGGAAACCCUCUAAUUUGAUCAAUCCAUCGAUAACCCAUAAAUCUUAAAGGUUUUUAUUUAUGCAUUACCAAAAUUAAUCUUAAAUUUAUCUGACCUUCCAAAAAUCAAAAAUUAAUUCUUCAAUGUCUUUUUUACAUAAAAUUAUCAAAGCCUUUGCGAUAUUAGUGAGGCUACAAUUGAUUUAGAAAACCAUUGGAAUUAAUUGGUUAAUAGUUAAUUUUUCAAAAUGUACAACUUAGAGUAUUCGGUAGCAAAAGCUAAAUUAAUAAUCAAUUAAUUAUUUUUAAAUGAUAAAGCUCUCAUAAAUAAACUUAUAUAAGCAUUUGAAAAAAUACAAAUCACUCAUUAUGAUCUUUAUGAAGAAUAUAUGAAUUACUAGUUUGAUAAGUCCGUUGUUAACUUUGAAUUAAAUGAGUAAGGAAUUGAUCUAACAAUAUUUAGAUAAGAAUAAUGGAACUUUUCUUUAAAUUUCGCAUAAUAAUUAGCCAUUAAUGAAUUAUUUUCAAUCAAAUUGAAUAAUUAAAAUUCAUCAAAGGCAAUAGGAUCUGUAAGUGAUCUAUAAAUAAUUCUGUAAGAUGAUAUAUAUUAAAUAAAAGAUACUCUUAUAUCAAAAAGGUAUUUAAGAAACUCAAUACCAUUAAGGGAACAAUUUUCAGUCUAUUCUUUUGAAAGCAAGAUCAUCUAGGAAUUCUUAGUAGCGAAAGUAAUAAUAUAAUAAAUAGAAUAAGUUGAUCACGUCCCAAAAAAUGAACUAUUUGAUAAUACUAUAAUUAAAAUGAAAAAUGUAUCAAAUCCAUUUUAUAUUGGAACAGUUAAUUUUAUUGUUUAAAAAUUAAAAUCUAACUUUCAUUUAAAACAAAAGUUAAUGAAGAUGAUUUAAUUAUCAUCAAGUAAUGUGGAUUAUUGUUAAUUAUCAUCCAAUGCCUUUUACUUGUUAAUGUAAUUGGAUGGUUCUAUAAGAGGAGGAAAUCUUAUGAAUGUAAAACUUAAAGAUAUUGUAAUCGAGGAUUGUUAUUUAUAAGAUUGCAAUUUAUCUGGGUCAGAAUGGAAUAAUAUAACUGUGAAGAAUUUUUCAUUGAUAAAAAACAAUAUGUCAAAUAUGACUUGUAAGAACCUGAAAUUGGCGUCUUUUUUUAUAAAGAAUACUUUAAAAAGCCCUCUUUUUGUCAGAAUUUUUCAAUCUGGUCAAAUCAUCAUCGUUUAUAAACAUUCAAUUCAAGAUUUAUUUGGCAAUUUAAUUAUUAACGGUACAUUUCAAAAUUGCUAAAUAUAUUAGAUAGGAGACGAUUUUUAUAUUACAACAGAAAAUAUAUUUUAUCUUCUUAGAGAAACUAAUAACAAAAUUAACUCAUAUUAAUUCGAUAUUCAAAAUGUCAUAUCAGUAACAUAAUUUGAUUAAUAUAUUAUGCUUUUGUAGUUGAUGGCACCUUCUGAUGCUAAAAUUUUCUAGCUUAAUCCAAUAAAGCAGGAAAUCCAAUUUAGAAUUCCAAUAUUACUCCAAGAUAUUAUUAAAUAUAAUAUCAAAUAAUUUUAUGAUAUGUAAGGUAACUUGAUUGUAUUUUUAACACAAACUUUAUAAGUCUAAAGCAUGCAUUAUUAAAUUGAGGGUGGAUAACUAUCAUUUGAUAAUCUAACAUUUCAUACUACUCUGAAUAAUAUUGAAAGAAUAAGUUCAAUAAAAUAUUAUUAGGACUUAGAUAUUACUGUUGUUACAAAGGAAAUUGUUGACGCCUAUUAAGAAUAUGAUGUUAUCUAUGGUACUUUCAACUAAUUAAUUGGAAAAUUUAUUGUUAUUGAAAAUCAAAAAAAAUAAUUUUUAUAUUUAAAUAACACCAAUUUAUAGUUGAUAAGUUAGGAAACCUUCAAAAUGAUUAGUGAAUGCGAAUUAUAUGAAACCACUUUAAAUUUAAAAAAAAGUUAAUGUUAUUUAAUGAAUCAUGAGACUAUGUUGUUAACAUUUUAAGAUUCCUUUAUAAUUUUGAGUUUACAACCUUUUGAAGUAAUAAAGCAAAUUAAAAUACAAGCUAAUGAUCUCAUUAUAAAUUCGAAAUAUAAUUAUAUUUAAAUAUUGACUGAGUGUGAACUUCUCUGUAUCGAUAUAACUUAUGCUCAGGAUAGAUAGGAUAAAAUAAUUAAUUCUGCAUUUUAACUAGAUAGUGUCUAUUUUAUAUAAAACUCUUGUAAUUUUUUAGGGAAAAUGAGUAAAUCUGAAGAUAUUUAUAUUGUAACACUAAAAAAAGGCAUAUAUGAUUUUAAGAAUUUGGGUUAAUCUGAUAAUUCUUAGAUGUAUUUAAGUAAUGAUGAAAACUAUGCGAUCUUUAGCAAAAAUAAAGAAACUAUUUGUUAUGAUUUAAAAUCAAAUAUAAAGAUGAACUUUGUUGCGUUAUUAUAUGAUAGAAUUUUAUGGAUAAAAGAUAAUUAAAAUUUUUUUUAUUUAUAACAUGGUUUUAUAGAGGAGUUUAGAAACUCUUUGAUUACAGUAAAAAACAAAAUUAUUAAUAAAUAAUCUUCUAGAUAAAUUAAAUCAGCUUAGAGCACUGAAAAGAGAUUAUUCAUAACUACAAAUACAAAUGAAACUAUUGUGUUAAAUCAAAAAUUCUAAUAGGAAUACGUAACAACUAAAUAUAUGAUUAAAAAAUAUAGAGAAUUUUAUAUAACAAAUAACGAUCUUAGAUAUGAGAGUAAUGUAAGAAAUACCAUUACAAUUAUUUAUGACUCAAAAAAUAAAAUCAAAGAUUUUUGGAUUUUUACAGAAACCAUACUAAUAAGGGAAUAAGAAGAUAAUAAUGAAAUGAGUACAUUGGUUUUAUUGAGAAAAUUAGAUAAUUGCAUCUUGGCUUAAAUUUAAAUUUAAAUAGAUCACAUUGCUUAUACAGAUAAUAUGAUAUAGAUAAUUAGCAAUAGAAUUUUAUGGCUAACAUAUUCAGCAAAAGACUUCUAUUAGCUCUAAUCAAAUAUUUUGCUUGUGAACCAAAUUCAAAUGUCAUCAAAUAGUUAUGAUUAAGUUGCAAUUGUUUCUGCUUUUUCAGAGAUUACCUUCUGGAGUACAAUUACAUAUUAGGUUCUUUAAAGUUUGAAAAAUGUAGAACUAAUCUAAUAUUUUAAAAUGAUACCCAAUAAAGAUAGACAAUUUUAUGUUGCUGAUAGAGAUGUUUUAAAAUUGUACAAUCAAAAUCAAGUUCGCUUUACAAUAUAACUAAUAAAGAAAAGAAUUUAAAUUGUUACUAAUACAUGGGGUGCCAUUCAUCAUAUAUAUCAAGUCGAGGAAGACAAAAUCACUUUAAAUAGUAUGAAUGAAGAUUCUAAAAUAAUUAAUUGGAAGAAAGUUGUAUUUGAGUUAGAUUCAAAUAGAGAAUAAAUAGAUUGUAUCGAUAAUAAAGAUUAAAAACUCAUAUAUUUUAGUGGAUAAAAACUAUAACUCAGUAAUUUGGAUUCAUUUGACAUAAUUAAGAGUAUCCCUUUUCCAGAAACUUUUAAGGCUAUUUAAAUUAAAUAUAAUCAAGAUUGCUCACUAAUAAUAUUGAGAUCAAAUGAUAAAGUUAUUAUUAUAGAAGCAUUAGAAUUAAAAAUAUUGAAUUCAAUUUCACUUAAUGAAAUUUUUCCAUAAUUUUUUGAGUAUGCAUCUCAACUUGAAAUCUUUAUAUAAGGACAAAGCAAUUUGAUUUUAAAACAAAUCAAAGAUACCUAAAAUUUAAUUUACACAUAUUCAUUAACCUCUAAACGGUUAGAUUUGAUUACUUUAAGCAAUAAUGAAUUAAUGAUCGGUCCUAAUUCAUAGGGCUUAGUCAUAAUUGAUAAAAAAACAGGAUCUAUUUAACUAUAUCAUCCUAUAAUUAUAGAAACACAAUUUAAUUCUAUAUCUUAUAUCAAAACCAUAGAACAAAAUAAAUCAAUGCUUGCAAAAUGUUAAUUAUUUGGUAAUUAACUAAUUAAUUGUAAUAUAACUCUUAAUAAUCAAAUUAAUAUUAGUGAUAUUUGGAGAAAUAUCGUCUGA